UUCAAUGCCGGUACCCCAUGUGACUGGAACCCAUAUUGGAUUUCGGACAACAUGGCUACACAAGUAGAGUUACCUGAGGAUUCCCAUCCGGGAGAAGAGGAAGCAGUUGCUGAAGAGAAUGCCAGCAUCCUUUUGUCUCCAGAGGCCCUCAUCAAACACCCCCUACAAAACAAGUGGGCACUCUGGUUCUUCAAGAAUGACCGCACUAAGGAAUGGACAGCUAACCUAAAACUUGUCACCUCCUUCGACACAGUGGAAGACUUUUGGGCAUUGUACAACCAUGUGCAGAAAGCUAGCAAGUUACCAUCAGGCUGUGAUUACUCUUUGUUCAAGGAUGGUAUUCAACCCAUGUGGGAAGACGCUCAAAACAAAGAUGGUGGCCGGUGGUUAAUAAAUCUCAAUAAACAACAGCGUCAUUCAGAUCUGGACAAUUUCUGGUUAGAAACGCUGCUGUGUCUAAUAGGCGAGUCGUUUGAGGAAUUCAGUGACGACGUUAACGGUGCUGUGGUCAAUGUGCGAAACAAGGGAGACAAACUGAGUCUGUGGACGAGAGAUGCAACACGGCCUGAUGCAAUCAUGAAAAUAGGAAAAAAAUUAAAGGACAGUCUGAAAAUUCCCAUCAAAAUUGCAAUAGGUUUCCAGGCACAUACAGACACCAUGACGAAAACAGGAUCUACGGCCAGAGAUCGGUUUAGAGUAUAACACUAGGACCUUAGUCAUGGAAUGCUUGGCCUGUCUGUUUGUGUGUGUGCCUGUUGUGAGUGAGAGAGAAAGGUUACAAGAUUGCGAGCCUAGCUUGAUCAGAAAUGGGCGUAAAAUACAGAUCCUCUCGGUCGGUACAAGCAGGCCAGACAGACACCAGACUCUGAUGGAUGGAAAUUCUGUCUGCAGAUUUAUUCAGGGUUUGUCUCCAUCAAGUCCUCUCUGUGUAUACAUGUGUCUGUCUGGUGCAAGUCUGUACUAUACAAAACAUUUCUGUCGCGAGCUAUAGCCGUAGUCCCUGGUCGUGAUUUCUUAAAGAAAUCAGAAAUCUCACGUUAAAAGUCUGAAGAUUUCCUCUCGAGAGAGAUCUAAUUCAGAUAUUUAAUCAAGAUCAUUUGUUUAUGUUUCAGUCUAAAGUGUGUUUGCCAGCAGCCAUAAAAUGUAUUGAUCAAGUUGGCAGGCACAGACUAGGAACAAAACCCCUAUAGUCUGAGGGGCAGUGUCAAAAACAUUGAUGUUUAUUGAUUGUAGAGGUCAAGUUCCCAGAUUUGACAAAGGCAGGGCUUAAAAAGUUUUUCAGUUCAUGACCUAAUGCCUGUCAGGAUAUUAAGUUUGAUAUAUGCAUGGCACACACUGUAAACUUGAUGCAAACUUUAUUUGAAAUAUUUGUUCAUCUUUAAAUCAAACAGGAAUUCAAAAUUAUCACAGAGGUGUAUAAUUUCAUAAUUAGUGUUGAUUUUGGAAAGUUCUGUCGGCCCGACCUAUAAUAAUUUCAUGGGAAAUAUUCGAAUUUUUUACUAGCCCCAACGUAACAUCGACUAGCCCCAGGCAUCUGGUUAGUGAAAUUGUAUACCCCUGAAUCACAACAAAAACUCAAUUGUGUUUGAUUAGUAUGAGUUUCAAGAUUGACUGUUGUUAAAAAAAAAGUUACUUGGGACUUGUCUUAGUCAAAACUGGUGGAGACUUGAUGCUGAAUUAGGAUAUAGGUUUUGUGGUUUAAGAUGUUAAAGCAUGUGUGCCGUUUGAGCUGCCCACUCAAGUGUAACAACCAUCUGAAACCCAAUCCAUUGUUUACCAUCACCGGAUGAAAAGUAGCAGUUUCUGUUAUGUAGGGUCGCUUUAGGUGCGAUUAUGUGUUUAUUGACUUCAGUUGUCACCAGCUUUUCCUGUAUUUGUAAAUAUGACUGGAAAUUUGGCUUCAUAAAGGUUUUAAAAAUCACUAAUGGUGAUUUUUGUUUAGAUUGCAAAUUUAGAAAAAAACUUAGAUAAAUUUUUUUGGGAGAUUUCAAUUUUAUUUCAUGCUGAUGUCUGGCAUUGUUUGUAGUUAUAUAUAACAAAUACAGGAUAAGACGGAUCCAGGUUUUGAAUUAUUCCAAAAUACAUUUGUCUUACCUGUGUUUGUAAAAUGGUAUAAUGUAAAUAUAUAUAUUUGUCAAUGACAGAUGCAGUCAGUUGUGUAUAUGAUGAAUGGAGCACAUUGUUUCUUGCUCGUGAGAAUUAAUCAGAAAAUUAAUGAUAUCAUUAUGUAUGUUUCAUUUGAAGGCAUUUACACUUUUAUUUAUUCAUUCGCCUUUUGUUGACCCCACACAUGUAGCGCACGAGUGAAUAUAUACGUCCGCGCAAUAAAUGAGUGCUUUCUGAUUCGUUAGAAAAACACAAGUGUGUGGUCUUGCUUUUAUCACAUACCUUCCGUAUUUGGUAGAGAUCGAUACGAAGAUUUUAUAAACUUUGAUAUUUUUUGCAAAUACCGGGAACUUUUCAGUUCGCCAUGACAAGGGGAUUCCCAUAAAAAUGUAGUUACGGCUAGUAGGUAAAUACAACAUUCCGUAUUGUACAUGUGCAAUACAGAACGUUGUAUGUCAUGGUCUGAAAAUUGCUUGUAUUACUCUACCAAGAUUCAACAGGUUUGUGAUAAUAUGUAAUAUUAUGCACAUUUCAGUACAGUACUGAAAUUGGGAGUCGGGUUUCCAGAAAGAAAAUUUGCUCUCCAUACACAUUUUUAGGGGAGGGGUGGGGAGGAUAAAGGAAAAAACUAGAUCAUUUCAACUUGAUGAUUGAACUUGAAAAAUAUAUUAUCUUUAAAGUUCUUAGUGCUUUGCUAUAAUUCACAAGUUUCUACAGUAUUUUGGGCAGAAAUGUUCUAGACAUUAGAUAGAACAAGUACCUUAUUGGUGUUGUACAAUUAAUUGUUUUGACAUGUGAAGUGUAUCUUGGUCUUUUAGUUUGGAGUUAAUUUGUAAGUAAUUCUAGGAUGGAAGAUGACUGUUCAUCUUUAGUUAUUCAGACUCAAUACAAGUGAUAUUUGUUAACCAUAGGAACCUGUUACUUCCAGAAACCCCAAACCUUAAUAUUUGAGAACUGAAAUCCAUUUUAAGGAAUGUUUUUGCUUUUCUGGUUAAGGCUAUUUAAUACAGAAAUAAAUAUAUGGUAGCAGGGAGGUACAUUAAUGUUAAUAUGUCCAGACUAAAGUGGUUUCAUUGUAAAUCAAAUUAGAUAAAACCUAAAAUUAAAUAUCAGAAUGAUUGUCAGGAUAGGGGGAUCAGUGUAAAACCUAUGGGGUUCAUAAGUUUCUCAAGAAACAUCAUGUGAUCAUAGCGAAGUGUUGGGGUUAUAUUUCAAGGUACAGACAAAUAGUCGAAUAAAUUACUGGUAUUUUCUAGGAAAUUAUAGUACUGUGUUGUUGACUUAGGAAGAAGGUGUGCGGCAUUUUGGUGCAGUGUCAUUGAAAAAAGUCCUAGGCUGAGUCGGAUGUGAAGAGAUUUAUACAUUCAGACCUGUCUGUCCAUCUUGCGUAAUAUUUUUGCAGACAUGCAAAUUAAACAAGUAAUGUGAGCAUUGGGCAUUGUUACAUCUUCGAAUUAAAAUAUCAUUUUGUAAAUGCUAAUAUAUUAAAAUGCCGUAAAAAAUCUUUCCUGUAAACGAAUAAAUAUCGGUCAGAUAUUUGAUUGUAUAACAGCCAAACAGUGCUCGCCCAUUGGUUUAGCUAUGAUCAGGUGCUAAUUUACUGCUUGUAAAUAGUGCUUGUCCUUUUACCUAGAAUGGCUUGAUGUUACAGUUGUUUCACUGAACGAGUGCUGUGUUGGGGAUAGUCGGGGAUUACUAAUGCAUGUUUCGGAGGACUGAAAAAUAAUUUAUUACAAUAUGGCAUGAAACAGUUUGUCAACCACCACCACGAAUUGUUUAACUUCAAAUGACGUAAUGUGUUGAGCAACUCUUGGCGAUACAUUUGAAAACUUUCAAUUAGCUGUUACGAAGUGAAUGCUAAAAUAUAUAGAUUUUUGUGAAACGUUUAAUGUAAAAUGAUGUUGCAGUAGUAAUGUUAUUUAGUCCACUGCCUUACAUGUAGGUGUACUAGCACCUUGCAAGCAGAUGAAGCUGGAGAUUUUUUUUUUUUUUCCCUGUACAUGGAAUGUCACGUACAGGUCUAGGUGGCAAGUAUGAUAAUGGCAUGUAUAGGUGGAAUAAGUAUCCGAUAUGAUUUCUGUACAGAGGUUUAAUAUGUAGUAGAAUCUAGUGCUAGUACGAUUGUACGCUACAAUAUACUCGAUGUCAAAUGCUUCAUGUUUUUACGUUGUUGCCAUAUUUGUCAUUCUAGUUACCUAAUCUUACUGGACAUUGAUCAUAUUCCUGUCAUUCUUUCAUAUCGGGUUCAACCAGUGUUUUUUGAAGUUGAGCCAAACAUACCUUCUUUAAACACUGUUGACAAAAAUCUUUCCCUUGAAGGCAAACAUGGUUUUAAACUCAAAAAAUGCUAAACCUGAAGUGCUUCCUGUAAUGUUGUUGCCGUUUUUGAUCAUCCUUUCAAACUUUCUGAUGUCAAUUGAUUUUGUUAAGUUUUUUGGUCACUGCACAAGUUUCCGUCAGUUACUAUCUCUGUAAAUUGUUUUUCUUCGUCAAGAAAGAGAAGAUUUAUAUACAUGUAUAUAUGUAUUCAUUUCUGCCUAAUGCAAUGAGCAUUAUUGAUUUGAUGAUUUAAUUAAUGGAUGUAUAUCUGUGCUGUGAAUAGAUACAUGGUAGGUUUUAAACAGAGUGUAACACUUUCCAACCCAUUCUACAUUUAGCACUUGAUUUACAUCUGAAAUCAAUCAAAAGCCACAAAUGUUGGAACACCUGCAGUUUUUACCAUUUCUUGUACUGAUCAGUCAGUGAGGGGAAUGUCUUUUUCUGUAGAAGUUUUGUUUUGUGAGAUCAUCGACUAACAGAGUAUGUUUUGUGUACAGUAUAUUUCAACACACCUUUACUCUCCAUUUGCUAUUGCCGAGUCAAUUUUUCUUGAAUGUUCCAUUCAUCAAAAUCAGAUUUUGAGGAACUAAUUUUUGUGUAAUCAUUAUGUUCAAUGCAACACACACAUAUAUUCUCUUUUCAACUUUUUUUUUUUGUAAAUAAAAAAGUGAAAAUUUUACACUAAUUGACAUGUAUAGUAGUCCUGUGUAUUAUUAUCUGUGUUUGAUUCAAGUUUAGUUUCCCUCCAUCCCUUUAAUAUUUGAAGUAGCAUAGUGGGCCAGACUAAGGAGAAUUGUUCCAAGAAAACUAUUCACAUUUGUUAUAUUUACCAUAAACGGCUCGAAAAUGCUUCUUGUCAAUGUAAUGCGUAGAAGUUUACAGAAAUAGCAUAUCUGGUCAUAUUUUGAAGUCUGAGAGAUGAUUAUUAUGAUUUAACAUAAGGGAGAGAAGAAUUAUUACCGCUGUAGCCGUUUAUGUUCAUCAUGCAUGUCGACUCGGUGUCCAACGUUAAUGUUGCUCACCCUAUACUUUACCAAUGUGGGGAGAGCAGGCAAAGGGUACAUAAAGGUACAAACAUGCAUGUCAGAUCAGAGUGAAAAACGUGUAAAGAAAGAACAGUUUUAGAUUCACCUUACACUACACUAUUUGAAUUUGUUGUGUUUUGGGUCAAAUUAUAAUUAUUUUUAAGCAUCACUUUUUGUUUUUUCCUGUAAUUGCUGAAUUAUUUUCAGCUGUUUAUAUUUACUGCAGACUGUACGUGAUGAUAUUGUUUCCAGCAAAACACUGGGCGUAGGGUCAGAAGGUGUAUGUUAUAUGUCGUCGUGAUCUUGGAUGAAUAUGUUCAAUUGAUAAUAAAGUCAGUACACACAUAUUUUAUAAAAUGGUCUCGAACAUAUGCGGUACAAGAAAUUAUCAAAGUUAUUGUGCAAGGUCAAAGGUCAAUGCAUGUAUCUUGCCUUAUCUGUCUUUUCAAAAUGAAGGGGAGGCAAGACUAAAUAAAAAUUCGUGUUGUGGUUAUCUCCCUUCGGAUUGAGAGAAACUUGAUUGUCCAAUUGGUGAUCAUUCACACUUGCAUGUAGGUAGGUCCAGAAUUAAAUGUCAACAUUUGGAUGGUCAGUUGUGACAUUAUCGCAUUUUACUCUCUCGCCCAUCCGAGUGACCACUGUAAAAAAAUAAAUAUAUAUAUACUAUCUAUCACUGCCUGUUUAUGGGUGAAUGUUGGUUGCCAUGGUGAGGGAGGAACAAUACGUGCUGACCUUUACUGGUGUUCACGCUGACCUUGCGGUGGCUGCUGUGAGUGUUGGAGUGUCGUGUAAAUGGUGCGAGAAAGACGGCGAGAUGUUACAUGUGUCUGCAAACCCUGCCAGAUGUUAAACACAGUACCUGAUUUCUUAUGAGUAAUAAACCUGAUUCUUAAAGCUUAA